GGGGCACUGGCACAAAAACGAGCCAAGCUGAUACGGCUAUCGAUGCUUCACUUGAUACGACCCGGUGAAUGCUCGUCUUGAAGGCGGUCUGGAAUGCACGGACCCAAAUAUCAGAUAUUAGUCAGAUUAUAGUCGCGUUUUCCUGGAUCGAGAAUCUAUACCUGAGGCUGGGUGGAGUAUUGGUCAAGAUCUCUUCCGAUGGGGCGUUUCGUCUGCUCGUUAAGCACUGCGAUAAGUUCCAGAGAUUGCAAAUGAUGCACGAUACAACCACCUUUUGGGGGCUUCUCACUUGCUUUCCUGACUUCGGUUUCUCAAGGCUUCUGCACCAAACCUUAGUUUCAUUUCGGGCACAUUUGAAAAAUAGUUUCUCAAUACGAAGAGAAUUAUUAAUGACGCAUUGUGCUUGCAAAGCCUCCAUCAGCUUCUGGAGAUCACUCUCCCAAUAUUAAACCAUCCCAAUGUCCAAGUUGGAAAGUAACCUAUCGCAGGGACUUGUCUAUGAUAAAAACAGUUUGUGUCAUACAUCUGCAGUCGUGUCGUCGCUGGUAGAGACUGCUGCGCUGCCAGUGAUGUAUGCUAUUCUCUUCGACAGGCGACUAGCAUAUCAUCCCCACAGACGUG